CUGCAGGCAAUGCGGUCACAUUGCGCACAGCUGUUUGAAAUUUAUUAACAAAUAAAAGAUAACAUAUAUAUUUAUAAAAUUAAUUUUUUCUGGCAAGCGUUUUAAUGAGCAAGUAUCAAUAAAUGCGCUGCAGUCGUUUUUAAUCUGUACCAAUUGGCGCUUCAACUGCAAACUGAUCAACAUGGAAGAUGAAGUGAUAGUCAUAGGUCCAAAGAAGGCGCCCAAGCCUAUUAAAAUAUAUAAAUGUUCCAAGUGCAGCUAUCAGACAAAUCGCGCCUACAAUGUUCAGCGACAUCUGGUUAAUCAUUAUGAGAAACCGCCCAAGGAACUGCAGCACAUCUGUCCAUAUGCGGGCUGCUCCUUCUCAACGUUGCGCUGGGAUAAUCUGAAUCGACACAUGCAACGACUACAUGGUGUCAAAAAGACAAGAACGACAAUAACCACAAGCGAGGAUGCCGCCGAAGCAAUGCCAUGUGAAGAGGACGAGGAGCCAGCGCCAAGUGAUGAGUGGGAACCGAUGCCAAGUGAAGAGGCGGAACCGAUGCCAAGUGAAGAGGAUCUGGCAUCUGUGGCAAGUGUAGAAUAUGCACUCGACGAAGAGGAUCUGGACUCAAUUGCAGAUUAUGACCAAGCAUCAAUGCCAACUGAUGAUGAGCAUGCGGAAUCAAUUGAUCAGCUUACAACUAAUUUGAACAGGGAAUCCAAAAUAAAAAAGCCCAGCAUUGGCAAGCCAAAAAGAAACUAUCAGAAGGGCAAAACCAAAACGUAUGCGUGCAACACCUGCAGCUAUCGCACGAAUCGCUGUUAUAAUAUUAAGCGACACAUUGUCAAGCAUAUGGAGAAUCCCAGCGACGGUGUUCUCCUCCACGUCUGCAUUAUCUCUGGCUGCAAAUUUGUUACCCCACGUUGGGAUAACCUGUGCAGACACGUCAAAAGAAUACAUCCCGAAUCGGUGGCAACAGCACCGCACGCAUAAUCAAAUCGCAUUCUUAUGCAAAAUUGUAAAAUAAAUUAAUUAAAACGUAAUAUUGAAAAAGGGCGAAUUAUAAUGAGAAGAAGCAAA